AUGUGGAUUCCUGUCACCCUCAGGAUCACCCAUAUACCACCAGGUAAUAUAUCACUUCAUAACUCCUUUCUUGGAGUAAUAACUAAAAUAUUUCCUCUGGUGCAGUACUGGGCUCACUGGGUAGACCUCAAGUGGUAUUUGGAAAGGGUAGCCCCUGGACGUCUGGUUGUAAUGACGGUGGCCGUGUCUGGCAUUGUAGGUCUCCGUGACACUGCCCAGCUCCUAGCUCAACUUGGUUCACUCUUCGCCCUACACCUCACACCCAUGGCACACUGGACAUGGAUGUUUAUCAAGGGCGGUCGUACCAUCUCCGAGACUACCAUUCUUCAGGGUUACACUACCCACCAUACUCAUGUUAUAAUGCCACUAUCCCACCUGGCAACGCCGUCCACCUUUAAUAAGAAUGGCCUACAAGUACAAAGGCAACGAUGGCAUUACUGCAACGCCAAUGGAGCCAUGGGCGGCCUCUGUAACGAGUAUACCCCUGAUCCACUACCUGUCCCCUCUCCUCCUCCUGUGACCCACCAGUCUGUUAUUGCUAGGGUGCCCGUAGUGGUCACGGCAGGAAACAGGCAUCAGUACCUAUAUCACACACUCACCACACUCAUGAACGCACCUGGGGCACAGCACGACAACAUCAUGGUGGUCCUUGGUAAUGCAACACAAGCAGCAACACAACUUCUCCAUCUUAUGAAUAUUAACUUCACCACUCUAACCAUACACGGGCAUCACAACAAUAAACUCUUCAGUUAUUACCGCAACGUAUUCAAAUUCAUCGCUCAUACCUUUCCUGAUGCUCCAGCAGUUAUAUUACUCGACGAAGAUGUGGAAGUCUCACCAGACUUCUUUUCUUAUAUGAGCCAGACACUUUGGCUCCUUCACGAAGACCCUUCACUUUAUUGCAUCAAUGCUUACUCGGCUACAGGUUUCCAAGGAACAGCACAUGAUUCCAGGACGGUUUUACGAGCAAGGGUGCAGGUAGAAUGGGGCUACGCUGUGUCGCUUCAGUUCAUCAGGGAUGCCAUCCGUAAAUGGCCAAGUGAUGUCUCAAAGGUAGAUACAGUAUUUUAUGAUCAAUGGCUCUACAAACAUCAAAGCAAUGGUCGGGAAUGUGUGUUUCCUGAAGUUAGUAGAUCGUUUCAUUUCGGUAUGGGUGUGAAUACUGAAGCCUGGAGCACAGAAGCAUAUUUCUUGUUUAAACCUCUGGUAAAGCAGCCUCACGUCCAUCUUGACAACGUCUCUACGUUGCUCCUGGAGACGUGGCAGGAACAUUUUUCCCGCAGCAUUAGACACGCCACACCACUCACAGGAAACCCCUGCAGUGAAACAUUUGUGCCGCCCGUCAACACAACAACCAACUUCGUCUUCUACUACAGGAUGCUCAGAGAGUUGAACGGAAAGCCCAACUACAGGAAUUUCUUUUUUGCGGCCAAAUGUCUUAAUGCGUGGAGUGCGUCUGAGCAGGGCCUACACAAGCGAGUGUUGACGGUGAGAGUAUCGAUGCUGACCACACUCUACCUGGUAGGAGCUCCUUAUUCCCCUUACGCCUACCUCCGUCCACAUUAUAUCAAACCAUGGGAUUACGAUUCUGUUACUGACGAAGAGGAUGAUAUCAUUAUGAAUAGAAUUAAAAAAGUGGAAAUGGGGAGAUACCAAAUUCUUAAUCUUAAUGUUACUAGCGAAUAUUUAAUGAACAUCUUAUUCGUAAAUUAAUUAAAUAAGGUUUGCAGCCUUUGGCCCCCCGAGUCUGUAUUCCGUCUGUGAUCUCCUUUGCCCUUCCCCAAACUUCAUAACUUUGUACUUGUUGGGGUUAAACACCAGUAGCCAUUUGUCAUAGCAGAUCUCCAGUUUGUCCAGCUCAUUUUGUAGCCUUUCCUCGUCCACGUCUCUUGCAUUCUCCUCAUUAGUUUCACAAUGUCUGCGAAGAGAGAUACCUCUGACUCUAUCCCAUCCGUCAUGUCAUUCACGUAUACAAGAAACAGCACGACUGAUCCUUGCGGAUUCCCACUAGUCACAUGCACCCAUUCCGACACCUCGUCACGGACAGUCACUCGUUUCCUUCCUGUCAGGUAUGUCUUGAUCCAUUGUAGUGUUUUGCUUGUUAUUCCUCCCUGCUCCUCUAGCUUUUGUAUCAGUUUCUUGUGCGGCAGUGUCAAAAGCCUUCCUAACUACCUGGAGGGUGUUCUGGGGGUCAACGCCCCCGCGGUCCUGUCUAUCCCUACACAUCUUUAAGUCACUGAGUUCAUAAUUUAGCUUGAGUAGCUACCUUACAUACCCUUUUAUUUUAUAUAAGUUUACCUUUAUAUUUUAUAAAAUAGACUAUUUUGAUAUUGUAUAAAUAAGCAGAAUUUACCAACACGUCUUUGUUUGAUAGUUUUUUACGUAUUACUUGUCUAGUGUUCCAUGACAUAAUGAAAAUCAUUGUGCCAUGCUAGAUGACAAGCGGUCCCAACCAGAAUGAAUAGUCAGUGUGACUAGAGAGUCUCACUGACCAUUCGAGUCAGAGUGACCCGAGUAUUUGACAAACCUUGCCUCUGGAUAUUACUUGUUGGGCUGCAAGUAGUGAUUUAAGUGACGCUUGAAUUCAUGUUAGAAAUUAAGUUAGGAAAAUGUUAUUUAAAAAGACUUAUGUUUUUUUUUGCCAUAUUCAUAAGUUAUUUUUAUUUCUGUUGCACUGCAAUAUAUGUAAA